CUGGCUAAGUGACCACAUUCAGCUCUCUGUCUACUUUUUGAGAGGCAGGCAGACCUGAGAGUGAGGACCAACGAUAAAGGGACAGCAGAACACGCCAAAGACAAAGAAACAGGAAUUGCAAGAAGGACUCUGGACAACUGGACAUCCAACAAAGAGAUUUUAAGAAAACAGAGGCCAGGAUCCAAGUACAUGCAGAAAGACAUCUGCAGAAGAAAGACAUCUCCAGAUAUGAAAAUUUACAGAAGCCAUUGCUAAUAUUCAGCUAACAUCAAGUCAAAAGGGAUUUAACAACAGAAUAUAUUUCAAAAGAAGGAUCAGCUGCACAAAAAACUGCAAGAGCUGCAAGAGGACUACCAGGCUCCACACCACACGUUUGCCAUGAGUCUGAACGGCACUCUGGAGAAGGGAGCUCAUCAUCAAGUUUUGGACCUGUCUGAGGAGCUCCCAUCCCACAACCACCUUCAUCACCACCAGCAGUCCCAUCUCCAGCACAGCAACUCUCUGGCCUCUACAGCUCCUGUUGGAACUCCCAUCAGCGAGUCAGGGGUGGUGGUGCCUCCUCCAUACUCCACUGCAGACACUGGAGGUGGUGAUGCUCCCUUAGAGCUGAGGGGGUCUCUAGACUGCUGGGCAUGUUCAGUUCUGGUGACAGCGCAGAAUCUGGUGAUAGCCGCCAUUAACGCAUGCCUGGCUGGCCUGGUGUUCGGUCUGAUCCUAACACCUGCCAUAGUCAUGGUGGUGUUUGGAUUUCUCUGCCACUCCACUGUGCGUCCACAUGGUGCAUCUGCCUACUGCUCGGACCUGCUGAGUGAUGGAGGUUGUGUGGCACUCUUAGUGGUGGGCUUCCUGCUUGUCACUCCACUGCUGGUCCUGGCGCUGGCCGCAUACUGCAGACUGGCUCGUCACCUCCAGCUAGGCCUCUGCUUCAUCCCUUAUAGUCGCGCCGUGUACAAGAACCUGCCUGCCACACAGCACCAUGGUCUGGGAGGGGGCUGCUGUGGUCAGCAGGCAGGCAAUGAAGGAGGGAAAGGAAAGGUGUGGGUAUGAGGAGGGGGGGGGGCUGACGGAGACCCUCAGCAAGGCAGUCUUUGUUCUUUUUCUUUUAAUGGAACCUUCUUUUAAAUCCCUUAUACCGAUGUAGUGCACCUUAAAAUAAGUAAAGAGGAAAACUGACACAAAAUUAUGCCAUUUGCCAGUAAAGAAAUGCACCAAAUUCACAAAAACAUUAAUGUUUUUCUUCAAGGUUCCAUAUAAGUUUUUGCUCCAAGCUGAAACACAUUUCUUCCUCUUCACACAAAAUUAUGCAGACUAGCGCUGAGAAAUCAGAAACCAUCUUUAAAAUGAAGGAGUCUGUAUUUAAAGGUCAACAAGAUUAUUUCCUUCAACUUAGUACUUUGACUUUAAAAGAACACUGGAUUAUUUUAUGAGACCAAAGCUGGACUAGUUACACUGUAUCUUGUAUGCAUUUCUAACCUCAGAAAAUAUAACCUACAAAAUGAUGAAACUUUUUUAAUAAAGAUGUGUCAAUAUAAAUGUAAAUUCUUUCUUCAUUUAAA